AUGUCUCUUGGUGGUAGAGUAGAAGGAUGUGGGACCAAACAAGUCACACCAUAUAUGCAUUGCUUGGUUUAUCAUGUGCCAAACUUUAUGAAGAAACAUGGUGGUGUUAAGAAGUUCACAGGACAAGGUAAUAUUUUCCAUAUUUGUUUAAUUAACUCUUUCUCACCACAUCCCAGUCGUGUCGUCCUUGCGAGAAUGAUGGCUAGAAAUUUCAUAUCUUCGGUUCAGUGCAUGCUAUGAAGACAGAAAUACCACCAUUCGAUUCAGAAAUAAACGGUUCAACUGAUUCCUCACUGUAGUUAUAGUCAUAUUAUCAACAUUGUAGCGAUUUAUGGGCCUUUGAAAGUCAAACACGAUCAUAUUGUAUCAAAUUAUGCAAUUGUCUGAACAAAAAUAUAGACUAGCCAUACCUUUCAGCAAAAAUAACUUCGGCCCCUUCGAACAUAUCUUUGUAAUAGUCUUGUUAGAAUCCCCAUCAAAAACACUAUUGUUAUCUGCAAGCCUGUAUCUUCAAAUCUUUAUCUUUUAUCAGUAUAUUUCCAUUUCUUGUCCGACUGUAAGCUUGAAGUGAGUUAAUCCCAACCGGAAAUACGACAAAAAACUGUCAAAAUAAUGCGACAUUUGUAUCGUAUGACCCUGCAAAGGCCAGAAAUGGACUCGGAAGGUCAAAUUGCAACUACACACGCAAGUUUGACGUCAUCCCGGCCACAAGACCUUAUUGGCCAAUUAUUAUGCAAUGUAUGCGAGUGCGAGUAAAAACCCGAUAUCUUGAAAAAUUCAAAACAAAUAUUUCUACUGGCCAUAUUCAUACGAAACUUUUUACAUGAAAGCGCUUGAAUACAAAGAGUGUUUUACUCAUAUAGCCUUUUAGAAAAUAUUCAACUUUUUCUCGAUAUCCAAUACAGAAUGUUUGGCCAAGUGGUGAGUAUAAAUUAUGAUUCUUUCGGUUUGUGUAAUGUUCUGACAGCAAUUGCGUUCGAAAGGUUAUUUUGUGAGGAUUUCAAUGGUGGGUUUUGUUUUAAAGGGGGGGGGGGUAAAUACCCGCCGAGAUAUUUACAUUAGAAAUAUUGACUCGUAAUGUAAUGUGAAAACCGCCUGUUGUUAUUUAACCAUAUAUGCAUUGCUUGGUUUAUCAUGUGCCAAACUUUAUGAAGAAACAUGGUGGUGUAAUGACAUUCAAAGGACAAGGUUAAUAUUUGCCAUAUUUGUUUAAAUAGUUUAACUAAUAUUUUCACUGAAUUUAUAGGCGUCGAGAAGAAUGAUGACGUACGGAAGUUCCAUUUGACCAAAUCAAACAAGUGGGAUGCACCUAAAGAUGUCCUGCUUGUGGGCAAACGGUUACAGGUGACAAGUGAACAAAAACGAAGAACAACAACCUACCACAAAAGGAAUGUUGAUUAUUGGUCUCAUGAAAUUAGGGAAGCACGAAGCAAACGGCACAGGACAUUGUUAGAUUCUCCCUGUCCUGCAUUGCAAGAAAGCAAUUCAGAAGACACUUUAGAUGUUGAAAGUCUCUCAAUUGCAGACGUCAAGGAAAGGUUGAAGGAAUUGGGAGUGCAAACCCGUAUUAGGAAACUUGAGAAGUUGAAACACAUUCUAUGA